GGCAAUGACGUCAGCUUCCGGAAAUGACCCGGAUUCAAACUUUCAUUCCAUCAGACUCGGCUUGCUAAAAACAUCGACAUAUCUGUGAAGUCUUGUGGAAGUUCGCGAAUAUACAGAUGUGUGUACAUUGAUUAUGUAUAUGUGAACAUCAAUGGACACGGAUCGACGCCUCGCUGUUAGGAGUUGACGUCAGGAGGUGUAGCGACUUUCCACGGAGCACGGACCGUCUCCAGGACACUACCAAGAUCAUUCAGACCCUUCCUGGUCAUAUACCUGCACCAGGAUGACGUGCAGGGAUCGCACCAAUGAGUUUCAGUCCGCUUGCAAAUCCCUACAGACCAGACAGAAUGGUGUUCAGCCCACCAAGCCGGCCCUCAGUGCUCUCAAGCAACGCAGUGACUUCACCCUCAUGGCCAAGAGAAUAGGAAAAGACCUGAGUAAUACGUUUGCUAAACUAGAGAAACUCACUAUAUUGGCUAAAAGAAAAUCUCUAUUUGAUGACAAGGCAGUGGAGAUUGAAGAGUUAACCUACAUCAUCAAGCAGGACAUUAACAGCCUGAACAAGCAGAUAGCCCAGCUGCAGGAUCUGAUCCGUUCACGUGGAGCUCCCAGCGGCAGACACAUCCAGACCCAUUCCAACACCAUCGUCGUCUCCCUGCAGUCCAAACUGGCAUCCAUGUCCAAUGACUUCAAGUCGGUUCUAGAAGUAAGAACAGAGAACCUGAAGCAGCAGAAGAGCAGGAGAGAACAGUUCUCUCAGCCUCCUAUCUCCUCUUCUUCUCCUCUCCUCGCCAACAACUUCAAGAGUUCAGUGUUGAUGCAGGAUGAGUCCAGGAGUAUGGGGGGUGAGGUGGCAAUCAACAUGGACAACCAGUCUAACCCUCUACAGCUCCAGCUCAUUGAUGAGCAGGACUCAUACAUCCAGAGCCGUGCAGACACCAUGCAGAACAUUGAGAGCACCAUCGUAGAGCUGGGUUCCAUCUUCCAGCAACUGGCGCAUAUGGUGAAGGAGCAGGAGGAGACUGUACAGAGGAUUGAUGCUAACGUGGAGGACACUCAGCUCAACGUGGACAUGGCUCACACAGAGAUCCUAAAGUACUUCCAGUCUGUGUCCUCCAACCGCUGGCUUAUGGUCAAGAUUUUCCUCGUCCUCAUUGUCUUCUUCAUCGUCUUUGUGGUUUUCCUCGCCUGAGCAGGGAGAAACGACAGCGACAGAAGGGAAUCAUGAAGAAGAGAAGGAAGGAGGGGGGGGGGUCUGAGGUUGUGUCACUCCUAGUGUCUCUUCUGAUAGGUUGUGUCACUCCUAUAAAACAGUGGUCGAGCAAUAGUUCAGGUGGGGUCAUGCUGUCUGAAAUAAGACCAUGGGAAAGCUUGGACUGAGAUGAGGGGUUGCCACGGCACCGGGGCAGUGGGAAUGGAGUGUUAUUGGACGGUUUGGGACUUGAGGUCCAGCAGACCAACAAAUUAUAGUAGUUCUCCCCCCACAGAGAUUAAGGAACUACCUGUAAUGAAAAGGAUAUGGUAUCGAAACACUUUAUAGUAUGACCAGAAUUCUUGUCAUUCUGUUCUUUGUUACUUUAGAGACUAAAUCAUCAUAAAACAUUUAAUCAAAAAUUGCUAUUUAAUGGUUUGAUUCUGCAAACUAGUUUUGGUUUUUGGUUAAUUUUAUUUUAUGCCUCGUAGUGUUGAUUGGUGGUAAGACAGGAAGGGCUUACUCAUUAACUUCCUGUCUAAGCACACAAAAUACUGGAGUUUUCUUUCUCAUAUUGUAAUUAUGUAUUCUAGUUUUUGUUUCUCAUUCUUAUCCUCUUAUUAAAGAGAGGGACUUUAAGCA